GGAGAUGAGUUACUGAAGGACAGGACACAGGGCUCUCGUUGUUGUUGCCCCAGACUUCGGCAUUCAGGCUAAUUUAGGGGAAGAGGAGGAGAGUGGGAGGACGAGGAGGAGGAAUAGGAAGCUGAGCUGUUGGUUAUAGAGCGGGAGGAAGGUGACUAAUAGUGACUGUCACUCAGACUACUGUAGCUCAGCCGGUGGAGGAGGGAGGAGUGCUGUCACAACCGGUGAACCAGUAUAUGAAUGCACUAGUUGGUCGGGCUGUCUGUGUCUGUCAGGGAGUGUGUGUGCAAUAACACGUGGAGGAGCAGAUCUCUAUUGGAUACACUAUGUUGUCUUUGGGAUAGUUGGAGAGUUGCUGAUUGCCAUCCACUUUCUCCAGCAUCCAGACAUGUAGUCGGCAGCAUAAGCAGAGCGUGUAUCCUCCCUUGUGAACUCUUUUUCCUCUUAAACAGAGCUUCCUCUACCUCUCGGGCUGGACUGCGGUGCAUUAACGUCGGCUCGCCCUCCCCUGCCCCCUCGCCCCCCAGCUAUGGCCUCACGCAUCGGCAUGCGGAUGCAGCUGAUGCGAGACCAGCUGCAGCAAGAGGAGCAGCGUGAGAGGCAGCAGAUUCAGCAGCAUCAACAGCAGCAGAAUGCAGCCCUGCAGUACAUGCAGCACUGCAUGGCCGUGCCACCGGCACCCACCCCGGCCAUCAGCACCCCUCAGCAUCACCAAAGCAUGCAGGUCCCCGUGGAGGUUCUCAAGGUGCAGACCCACCUGGAGAAUCCUACAGACUACCACAUCCGUCAGUCUCGGAGGCAACAGGUGAAAGAAUACCUGUCCACCACCUUUGCCACCAAACAGACGGUCCAUGCAGUAGCAGGGCUGGUGCCGCCCUCUCCUCCCCCAAACAUGGGACCUAUCGGGGGUUCAGCGUCCGCCCCCCCACCCCUUCGCUCCCCACACAUGCGCACCGAGCAACUCAUGUCUGGAAACAGCGCCCCCAACAGCCCCAUGGCCAUGCUCAACAUCGGCUCCAGCCACGAGACCGAGAUGGAUGAGGUCAUUGAUGACAUCAUCAGCAUGCAGUCCAAUUAUGACGAUAUUCAGGCAUACAUUGACCCCAUCCAGAUGCCAAACACACUCCCCUUGUCUAGCAGUCACCUGGACGUGUAUACAGGUCCGGGGAUGAAGGGUCCAGGCAUCGCUAUGACCAGCAACUCCUGUCCCGCCAACCUAACCGUCAAACGAGAACUGACAGACACAGAAGCCCGUGCGAUGGCCAAGGAGAGACAGAAGAAAGACAACCACAAUCUGAUUGAACGGAGGAGGAGAUUCAACAUCAACGAUCGUAUCAAAGAGCUGGGCACCAUGAUCCCCAAAACCAAUGACCUUGUGCACAGUGAUGUGCGCUGGAACAAAGGCACUAUACUGCGGGCGUCUGUGGAGUACAUCAAGCGCAUGCAGAAGGACGCACAUCGGUCCAGAGAGGUGGAGAACAGCUUCAAAAGGAUGGAGAUGGCCAACAAACAUCUGGUGCUACGCAUACAGGAGUUGGAGAUGCAGGCUCGUAUACAUGGCCUGCCCAACAACUCUCCCUCCGCCCUGAACCCCACUGACCUGAUGGGUUCUUAUAUAAAACAAGAGACCAGCCCAGAGUCGAACCUCUCUCUUCCCCCUGGCACAAGCCACCACCAGCCCCAGCACCUACCCCAGAACCAGGCUCACCCUCAGGCCCAGCAGCACCACUUCCUCCCACAGAACCACCUCCACCAACAGGGCCAGGUUCAGCAGCAGCAGCCCAGGCAGCUGCAGCAGCUCCCCCAACACCUGCAGCAGCAGCAGCAGCAGCCACCCAUCCAGUACCCAGCUGUAGGCAGCUCCCAGCCAUUUGACUUUGCCCAGUCGCUGGACUUGUGUGAUGGGAUACCCGGCUUCUCAGAUGGUAUGUCAGGGCUGGGCGACCUGGGCGCACUGGACGUCCAGGGGAGGAGAGGCGAGCUGGGCUUCCUGAUGAUGGACGAGCCAUUGUCCCCUAUGGGAGGAGACCCGCUGCUCUCUGCGAUGUCGCCUGAAGCCUCGAUCGACUCCAGCCGCAGAUCCAGCUUCAGCAUAGAGGAUGGAGACAUACUGUAGAUACAUUCACUCACACAAACGCAUGCACAAGCACAUGCAGAGGUUUCAGUAAAAAAUGUAAAACAGCACAUUUUACGACAGAAAGGAAUCAGCCACCAGACGUGACAUCAUUCACCCAGCACACACCCAUACACAUUUUGUACACAAUUUGAUCACACACUGAUGACAUUUGUGGUAUAAUUAUCUCCCCUUAACGGUACGAGCAAAAGACUGUACACAGUUGUCACACAGUUGAAAACAUUCUGUAUAGUUUGCGCACACACACAAGUGCAUGUGAGAUAAACUGAGCAGCUUGAAACUUUGCCCAUCAGAGCAUUUACAAGGGGCGAGCCAACACUGCCAGAUCAGGAGUUAUACUGCACACUUGGCCAUGUUUCCAUAAAGGUGGCUCUGAAUCAUAAUUGAACAAGGGACAAAAACCAGCAGUUAAUUAGAUUGAAGUUAUCAGAUACAAGGACAACCGAGCGCAUUGUCUCCCUUGAUAGAGGACAAGUUAUUUUCUCCUUACAUCAACCUCUUUUAGUAACCAUAAAUGAUUGAAUGAA